GCUGUUUCUGAUUGUCAAGCUAUUUUCUCAUCGUAAUGUGGCGUUCUGGCGCAUAGUAUGUAUGAAACACAGAGGUCUGGCGUGUGCGUUCUAUUUUAUUUUAGACAAGACUUGACGGCUAUUUGACAAAACUUCAUGGCUUUGUAUUCGACUUAAGUAUACUAUUGCCUCGGUUUUUCGUAAACAACACGAACAAAACAUCGCGAAAAUUCAAUGCAGUGGGUGGAAAAUAGAUUUUGUCGCCAGUGAAAAUCGCACAGAUUGAAUCUCGUACGGGCACUUGUGUUCCUGACUGCUACACGAUGGCAGACAAGGCGGAAAGUGAACACAGUGAUAGUAGCGAAAGCAGUAGUAGCUCGUCUGAGAGCGCCGGUGGGAGUUCUGAAGGAGAGGAGGAGGUGAUGGAGCCAGUGACCAUCCUGGGUCAUACCCUUGAGUUGCCGCAAGAGCUUUGUGAGGACUACGGAGUCUUCAAAGAAUUUUUUUCGAUGAAGACUUGGGAUUCACUAAGUGAUGAACACAAGGAGCACUUGAAACAAUUUCUUCCAUCAUUUCCUGAAAAUGACGAUGAGGAAAAAGAGAAAACAGUCAAAAUGCUGUUUAACUUUGAACCUUUUCAUUUUACUUCCCCUUUAGAUGAUUUCUUUAGUAACCUGAGGCAAGGAAACUACAGACCAGAUAUUGCUAAAAUGCGAAAGUUUUUGAUGAAAGCAAGAGCUAAACAGCAGAAGCAUAAGAUUAAGGCCUACUAUGCCAAAUUAUUGCCAGAAGUAUUGCUCUCUCGUGAGCGUUUGUUGGCUGCAGCUAAAGCUGCCCCGCCAGGGCCUGUUCCAGCGCUGCAGCUGCUGCCUCCUAAACCAUCCUCUAAAAGCAACUACAAGCCCCUCUACAUGCGAGCUAGACAGAGAUAUUUUGAAGAGUUGUCUGCCAUUCGGAGUGAAGUUGGUGGUGAAGAAUCUGAGGAUGAUAAUUAUCCUGAAGGGCCACCUGAACAGUAUAUUAGGAAAAGGAGACAUUUGGCAGCUGGUCAGAGCUCUUCAGUUGAUGGUAGUAUAUCUGGUACUCUAGGUGCAAUAGAUGCUUCCAACCCUACAUCACUAGAGUGUCUUAAGAAUGUUCUUGCAGCUCAUAGGUCUCGAAGGCAGUUUAGAGAGAACCACCCUGAAUUAAGUACAACUGGGAUAACUUUGGAUGAUAUAAAGCAGAGGGUAGCACUUGUGAAUGGUGCAAAGAAACUUAUGUUUGGAGGGGCAAAGAAUGAUGCUCCAGUACAAAAGAAGAGGGGUCCAAAGAAAGACCCUAGUCAGAAACAACUGAAACAGGCUGAAGCUAAAGGUGGUAAGAAAAAAGAGGAACCAGAGACUGUUGAAAACAAACCUCUUUUACCAAACAUUAAGAUCAAAUGUGAACAAGAAGAAUCGGACUCUGAGAGUUCUUCGUUUGUUGAUCCGGUUGCUAGUCCCAAGGGAAAGAGACCAUUUGAUCAAGUAGAAAUCAAACAAGAAAUUGUUGACAAUAAAUAUCCUGUACCUAACAUUAACUACAAUGAGCCCAAUUUAGAGAGUAUGAUAAAACAAGAGCCACCAGACUUACCAAUGCAAAACUCAAGAGGAGUACAACCUGUACCUAUCAAAUUGGAGGACUUAGAUGGAAUUGAUAUGAUGGCGUUACCAGUGGAGAUAGCGGACGACACGGGCGACGUGAUGCAGGUGGACUCCAACGACGCGGACGAGCUGCUGGACCCGGACGAGGCCCUCACGGAGACCACGCACGCCAGCUUCCUGUCGCUGGUGCGCGCGCUGUUCCCGGCCCGCGCCGCGCACCGCGCCUCCAAGCACCACCUGCACGCCCGCUGCGCCGCCGUCAUGCGCAGCCCCAUCGCCCCUCUCAAUACCUGGUAUAACUUAUCGGAUGAUUGGUGCGCGGAGCUUGACUCUGCUCUAAGCUUCCUAGCUGGCGAGCGAGGGCCACAUCCCGAUGACUUUGUACCUUACCUGCAGUUCAUGCCUGAAUCUCAGGUGUACCAGUGGAUAGGCGCGGGCCGCGACUGCGACGCCCUGCUAGGCCGCCUGUGCGAGCGCUGGCUGCACGCGGCCGAGCCGCCGCCGCCGCCCGCGGAGCCUCCGCCCCCCAAAUAUCCAACGUCAUGGGUGGUGCGGACGCCGACGAACGCAGAGAUAGCGGAAUUCCGCGCGCAGGAGAGAAAGCGGUUCGCUUCUGCUGCCAAGCCGUUCACUUACGUUCAGUUCGGGUACCGUUCCGUAGUGGGCCCCCUAGCCCGCACGUCAGGCGCGGGCGGCGCAGGCGCGGCCUUACUGCUGACGUCACGUCCGCGUCACGCCAGCUUCCCCGCACUACUGCGAGACGCUGUAGCGCGCUUGCCCAACGGAGAGGGCACGCGCCAUGACGUCGUCACGCUCAUGAAGAUGUCUCAGUGGAUAGCGCCGUGCACAGACCAGUCGAUGCUAAGCGCCGUAUCGUCGGGUUUGGACCGUAUGCACUCCGCUAAACGAGACCCCAUCGUCAAAUACGACCAGAGAACCGCUAUAUGGACCUACUUACAUCGACAUAGGAGCGAGGAGGAUUGGGUGAAGUCAGGCAGUGGUCGGGGGCGCGGCGGCCGGAUGGUGACUCCGGGACUACCGCCGCCACAGCCGCUACCGCAGCCGCCGCCGCCGCCGCAGCGAGCCGUCUACCAUACUCCGCCCCAUGCUCAGAUGGAAAUGGAAGUGGCAAGCAUUGAGGAGGUGGUGGACAACGGUUCGGACACGGACGUGGAUGUAGACGACAGCUCAGCCCCGGCCUCCGCCCCGCGGCUCUCCUCCGCACAGCUGCUCAUGCAACAAGCCCAGGCGCAACCAACCCCCCCGCCCGCCAAACACAAGAGCAAACUCGUCGCGGUCUCCCCCAAACCCAAACCGACCAAACCGGAACCCAAACCACCCCCAAUAACCCAACCUAAACCAGUAACACAACCGCCGAAACCAGCACUCCCUGGCCCUUCGAAAUCAAACCUAAUCGCCGCUCCUAAACCCUCGACGUCUGCUAAACAAGCUCCUCCUCAAAAACCGAUAAUAUCCAUGAGUUUAGCAUCACUAUCGCCGAAGCAGAGUCAUCUAGUAGCGAAGCAAGCUAGCUUGAUGGCGCAGUCGGCGAAACAGGCGAAUGUCAUGGCUCAACUGACGAAACAAGUGGUCGCUAAACAGGCAAACGUGAUUCAGUCUAAACAAGUAAAUGUAGUCAAACAGACGGCUCAAUCGCCUAAACAAACUGCGAUUAAACCCCCAGUGGUUCAGCAGCCGAAGCAUGCGUUGCCAGUGAAGGCUACCACUCCAAGCCAAGUUCUGAGACAGGAAACUCCGAAACAGGUCCAAGCACUCAAAGCGCCGCCACCGAUUGUCGCAGCGCCGCAGAAAUCACCUUUGAUCAAACAGAGACCUUUGCAGAAGCAAGUCGAAACUGUAGCUCCGGUGUCUGCACCGAGUAUCCUCGCUCCACAAGCGGUACUGACGCCAAGUGUGAUGGCAUCAGUGGCUACGGUAGCGCCACCUAAUCCAGCUAAGUUAGUGCAAGGUACGAGAUCUCUGCUGAUCAGAGCGCCCCCAGCUCAAACCACUGUAACAGCUGCUGUGUCUACUCCAACAUCGCAGGUGACUCCAACACAACGGAGAGGUAUCGUGAGGGUACUCAGUCCGGCGACACCUUCCGGGGGAAAAUCCCUUAUAUCACCGCGUGCAUUGAUGCAACAAGGUGCUGCAGCUGCAAAGAAACGGUCGCUCCCACAGGAGGCCACUUCUGUUACUACUGUUGCACAAAGUGCAGCUAGCGUGACGACGGUAGUGAGCAGCGUGCCCACGGCGGUGUCGUCGUCGCUGUCCACCCGCACGGUGCAGCUGGCGGGCGGCCGCACCGUGCAGCUGGCAGCGGCGCCGCACGCCGGGGCCCUCCCCGCCUCACACGUGCAGCUGGCCGGACACACGCUGCAACUAUCCUCGCUACAGCUACCGACCCACAGCGUCCGCCUCCCCAGCGGCCAAACCGUCCAACUCGCCUCCCCCCAAACCAUCCGCGCCGUCUCCACCGCUACCGUCAAAACCUCCAGCCCCCGCACCCAACCCUCCUCCCCGACCGUCAAACCGACCCAAACCUCCGUUCAAAUACCAAUAUCCUCCGUCCAACUCGCCGGACAAACCGUGCAGAUCGGCGGUCAAACCGUGCAACUAGCCGGGCAAAGCGUCCAACUUACCGGGCACACGGUGAAAUUGCCGAGCGGUCAAAGCGUUCAAGUCGCGAGUCAAAGCGUGCAGUUGCCGAGCGGGCAAACUGUGCAAUUAGCCGGCGGAAGCGUUCAGACCGUUCAAUUGGGACAGAAUGUUUUAACAAACCAAGUCGCGAGUGGGGUUCAGCUGUCCGGACAAACGGUCCAACUGGCUGGAGGUCAGACCGUGCAGCUACCCAGCGGUCAGACUGUGCAGCUGCCGAGCGGUCAGACCCUGCAGCUGUCUGGCACUCACGCGGUGCAGCUGGCGGGCGCGCAGGCGGCGCAGCUGGCCGCGCAGCAGCGGGCGGCGCAGCUCGCGCGCAGCCAGCAGCCGUCCACUGACAAGGCCGCGCAACCUAUCGUCGCGAAACUGCUUACUAAUGCACAGGGUCAGAUGAUAUCGCUGGAGGGCGGCGGCGGCGGUCGCGCGCUGCAGGUGUCGGGGGUCCGCGUGGUGGGCCCGGCGAGGCCGCGGCCGUUGUUACUAGCGGCCGGCAAGCCGCUGCACAACGUCAUACUGCAGCAAGGUGAUGGUAGUACAAUCCGCGUGACAUCUACUGGAGGGGCAGCCACUUCACAGACCAUUGUUUUAAGCAGUUUGGGUGGUCAAACUUCGACUACGUCCACCGCAUCCCCGCCAGUACUGAAACUGCAACAGGUGAACCCAUUACAACAAGUAAAACUCCCGCACGGGAUAAAGUUACACCAGGUGAAUUACAAUGCGGUGUCAAGCGCGGGUGUGACGGGCGCGGGGGGAGUGCGCGGCGUGGUUAUGGAGGCGCAGCAGCUGAAGCUGGUGGGCGGCCGCCACGUGCUGGCGCGGAUACUGCGGCCCGCGCAGCCGCACCAGCAACAUCAACCGCCGCAGUAAAGGAACAAAAACAUUUGAUAACAUUUCGUGGCUGACUUUCGUGGCAAACUGACUGAAUGACAAUGUCUUAUUGACAAUAGCAAAACGUGAAGGUCAGAUUCGCCAAAAAUUCCAAAUACGUCAGUCAGCGGCGUCAGCGACGACUUGUCAUUCGUCGCGACGACCAUUUUCAAUUGCGUCCAAAUCAGACCAUGAAAACCAGAUAGGCAAUAGGGAUGUUAAAAAGACCUCCAAAUUUCUUAAAGCCCCUAUUUGAAUGAUAUUUUAUUUCUCAGGUAGCAAAGUCGUGUCAGUGGACUAUGGCUUUUAGGUCGGUCGCACUUUGGACACGCCCCAGACACUCGAUACAAAAAUCUUAUUGUUACCGUGUACCGCCUAUUGCGUCAGUGAGGCAGUAAGUAAGAUAGUCCGCGCGCUCUAAAAUAAGACCCAGAGGGGGUGAGGUCGCGCCCGAUACGAUUUGAGUCGUGUACGGUCACGAGCAUUAAUAUGUAUACACUUUGGUACCAUGUCACAUUAACUUUUUUGACAAAUUGAACUGUAAGUCUCACUAAAUGUCAAAUAUGUUAGUGCGACAGAGUCCUAAAGUGGGUACAUUAUAUUGCUCAUAACUGUACUAGGUUCAAGAUAAAUUAUGAAAUUCUGUUUACUAAAUAAAGACAGAUCUAAAAGUAACGAAAAACAUUUUCUGUUUUCGAUUUAACUUAUUUAUGAAUUUUAAUCAAGAAAAACGUAAUAAUAAGUCCGACAUUUUAUCACGUUUUUUGAUGACGUCUCAGUGUGCUUUUUCAUACAAAUUCCAUAAUAAUUUCAUGUUUUGACGUUUAGAAAAUAGUAACUGAUUUGACUAGUUGGAAACUAGCCUAUUGAUGAGGAGCGGUGAGUUACGGUUCUACACGUGGUAUUAUUCUUUUUCUAUGCUUUAGUUACGAAUUUCCAUAGUACGCAAACGUACGAAUACUGGUUUAUGACGACAAACUCGCACCCAGUGUGCGUGCUUCCAAGGUAUUUGGAAGUUUGGGGAUUGUUCCUGUGCAUGUAAAGUGCGGCCGAUCUUAGGUUGAAACGUCGUAGUAUAAUUGCAAAGUGCAAUAAUUUAAGUAAUAGUGUAAGUUAGGACGUCAUGUCCUAGGACAGGUCCAAGUUCUAUCAGGACUUGACAGAAAAGAUGAAUCAAAUUGUUUGUGCUUUUUCAAAAGCUGCUGAUUUCAUUGGCUUUCUGAAAAAGUGAAUCUCAGAGUCUUUGAAUGUAAAGUAAAAAAAAAUUAAAAAUACUUGAAUAAAUUCUAAAAAAGUACUUUCUUUCUUUUUUUUCUUUCUAAAGUUGGUAGAAAUGUUCGGGUGUAAUAAAAAACGUUGUACAACAAUGUAUGGAAAAAAAUAUAUUUAAAAGACUUUGUUUAGAUGGGACUCUUAAUCAUAUUAAUGUAGAACUGUACUCUCAAUAUUUCUUUCAAUCGUUUGUAAAUUUUCUCAAAACGCAAAAGGAAAGCGUAGUAAAUGACUAACAGUCCGCCUUCAAAACACAAUGUUCAAAUUCAAUGUCGUUGCAGAUUAUCUAUAAUUAUAACUUGGUAUCGCCGGCGUAGGGACGCGAAUAUUUGCGAUACCUUUAACGUACUGUAAUUUUUAUAAACACCUAUUUUAUAACUAUGUCGAGAAUAAGGAUAUUUAGUUUUACCUUAAUUUAAGGUACCAAGAGGUCGCGGCUCUUAUUAAGUUGAAACUGUAAAAAAGCAUAAGUAUUACCAGUGAUGCGAAUGCGAAUAUGAAUAUGCAGUUUUUACAUCUGGUGCCACAUAUUUAUGUUCCGAGCACCACGUAGUUAGCAAAGGUACGAGUGUAUCGUAGCUGCAGACUUGGUUUUUGAACUAUCGUUAUCCAUCCAAAACACAACAUAAACAUCACAUCUUAGAGGUGUUGUUUAUUUGUCUUAAAAUGGUAAAACCUAAAAUAAUUUCCAAUACCUACUAUUUAGCGUAUUUUUUCUGACGUUGAUAUCCCAUGAGAUUCGCGAAAGCAAAUGCUAAUGUCCAGAAAAGUAUGAAUAUUCGCAUCCGCGUUACAUCACUAGUACAUACGAUAACGUUGUUUGAUACACUUGUAUUUCUUAAAAAAAAAAACAUCACCAUAUUUGGUCUCCAGAUACCGCACAGUAUAAACA